AUGGCGUCUUCCCACGUGAGCAAGGGCGGCGGACGGGAGGCGCCGGCGAAGCCGCCCGCCGCGCCACCCGCCAUGAUGAUGUUCUCCAGCAAGUACUGGAGCCGGCGCGGGCUCUCCUUCGACUCGGCCGUGGCGGACGGACGCACGCCGCCGCCUUCGCGCCACACCGGCGGACAGAUGUCUCGUCGCCCGUCCUACACUCCCGCGGCGGAGAGCGUCGGAGGGCCUGGCCGGGCGGUGGUCUUCUCGCUCAAGAACGAAGUGGGACGCCUGGUCCGAGCGCUGCGACUAUUCCAGGAGAAGCGAGUCAACCUGAAGCACAUCGAAUCGCGCGCUUCCAGGCGCGCCGCCGACGAGGUGGAGAUCUUGGUGGACUGCGUCUGCGACGAGAAAGACUUUGAGGAGCUGCUGGAAGUUCUGAAGGAGCGCGUGGACAUCCUGUCCUCGGACACGCCCGAGCGCGUCUGGGCGGCGCCGGACGAUGACGUUCCCUGGUUCCCCAUGAAGAUCUCCGAACUGGAUCAGUGCUCGCACAGAGUCUUGAUGUACGGAUCGGAACUGGACGCCGAGCACCCGGGUUUCAAAGACCCGGUUUACCGUCAGCGCCGCAAGUAUUUCGUGGAGGUGGCCAUGAAGUACAAGUUCGGAGAGCCCAUCCCCCGCGUGGAGUACACCCCCGAGGAGGUGCGCACCUGGGGCGUGGUCUUCGGGGAGCUCGGCAAGCUGUACCCCACGCACGCUUGCAAAGAGUACCUGAAGAACCUGCCCUUGCUCGGCCGGCACUGCGGCUAUCGGCGCGACAACAUUCCUCAGCUGGAGGACGUCUCGCGCUUCCUCAGAGAGCGCUCCGGCUUCACCGUGCGACCGGUGGCGGGUUACCUGUCGCCGCGAGACUUCCUGGCGGGUCUGGCCUACCGAGUCUUCAACUGCACGCAAUACGUCCGUCACGGCAGCGACCCGCUCUACACGCCCGAACCGGACACGUGUCACGAGCUCCUGGGUCACGUUCCCCUGCUGGCCGACCCCAAGUUCGCUCGGUUUUCUCAGGAGAUCGGCCUGGCCUCCCUCGGCGCUUCCGACCUCGACGUGCAGAAACUGGCCACGUGUUACUUCUUCACCGUGGAGUUUGGCCUCUGCAAACAAGAAGGUCAGCUGAGAGCCUACGGCGCCGGCUUGCUGUCGUCCAUCGGAGAGCUCAAGCACGCCUUGUCGCCCGAGGCGCGCGUGAUGCCCUUUGACCCGGAGACCACCUGCGGGCAAGAAUGUCUCAUCACCUGCUUCCAGGAGGUUUACUUUGUCUCGGACAGCUUCGACGAGGCCAAGCAGAAGAUGCGAGAGUUCGCCAAGACCAUCCGGCGUCCCUUCUCGGUGUACUACGACCCGUACACGCAGAGCGUCGACCUGCUGAAAGACACGCGCGGCAUCGAGGACGUGGUCAACAACCUCCGCGGCGACCUGACCACCGUCUGCGACGCGCUGGCCAAGAUGAACACCUAUAUGGGCAUCUGA